CGUAUCGAACGACGCUGAAUGGUUUUCUUCAACUUGAGUAACCCGUCAGGCAGAGGCUAAUGUAUUUUCUCUGUAAUUUUACUUGAAUUUCACCACUUCACACAAAGAUUGGCUAUGUUCAUCAUUGGCGUGGUGCACCUAUAAUCAGACUCGUAGCUUCCCAGCUUGAUAAUUGCUAUAUUUUUGUUAAAAUAGUCAUAGAAUGGGUAGAAGGAAGCAAAGUCGACCUCAUCGCUCUGGUGGAAUAAGACUUGAAAUUCAUGCGAAUCCCGAGACACAGGUUGAUAUAAGUGUGGUUUUGGAAACUGAGAAAUCAUCAGACAUCAAACUUAAUGAGAUUAAUGAGCCCUUUUACGUUGAAGUUGAUCCGACUGGGUGGAAGUCCAAUAAGCACCUUGAUAUUUCUGAAGUUGUUCUAAUGGAUUUGAGGUUUGAACACCAUUUUGUCGGUUUUCAAUUUGAUGAUAGUUUUUAUGAGAGCUCGAGGUACUCAUUAAGGUUUCGGCUGUGCAAUGUAAAUGAGUUUCUCCUUGGUCGUAUUAAGUUUGGUCAUUGGCCAAUUUUAUCUUCAAGUGAUAUAUCUUUGGAACUCAUCGAUAAAGGCAUGGAAGAAGGUACGGAUGCUUGCUCAGUGGUUUUAUCAGGUAACUUUGAUGGACCAGAUGAUGCCAUUUCUGGCCUUGUUCAUCUUGCAAAUUUGAAGUUCAUGACAUUAAGGCCAGUUAUGGGUGCUACCCUUUCCCGUAGUACAGGAUCUCUCAGGUUGAGGGUGGAAAUGUUAUCGAGUGCCCUUGAUGCUUGUGAGUCAAUAUUUGAUAACGGCAGGCAGUUGUGGAAAAAGAGUAUGAUGAGUACCAUUGCUUGGUUGCGUCCUGAAGUAGAAUCAUCUGAGGCCAAGUAUGGACUUGUUAAAUCAACUAAUGUGGACAGUCAUUCGCUUCAUGAGAUGGGGGAUGGCUCGUCCAACACUAGGAAACACAUAAAUUUCGAUACAGUUGGCUUUUAUGAUGCCAUUAAGCCAUCAAAAGAUGAUCCUAUGCUUGAUGAAGACAUACCCAAUUUGCUUCCAAAGCUAAGACCAUAUCAACGUCGUGCUGCCUAUUGGAUGGUACAACGGGAGAAAAGAUUUUCUGGAAACUCAGGUGUGGGGGAAAACGUGCAGCUUAUUUCUCCCUUGUGUAUAGCCCUGGAAUGUCUUGAUACUUGUACGAGAAUGUUUUAUAAUCCUUUCAGUGGAAAUCUCACUUUGAGUGCAGAGAAAACUUUGCCGCACGUUUACGGGGGAAUUCUAGCUGAUGAGAUGGGUCUAGGAAAAACCAUUGAACUACUUGCAUGCAUACUUUCUCACCGGAUGUCAGUGUUUGAAGGUGAAAAAGGUUUUGGUAAUGAGUCACAACAAAUUGUUGGAGGCCAGAGAACUGAAUUUAAAAGAUUGAAAAGGGAGCGUGUUGAGUGUGUAUGUGGAGCUGUUAGUGAAAAUCACAGGUACAAGGGGUUGUGGGUACAAUGUGACAUCUGUGAUGCAUGGCAACAUGCUGACUGCGUUGGUUAUUCACCUAAAGGAAGAGUUCUCAGACCCAUUGAUACAGAGGGUGGGAACUGUAUAAAGAAAAAGAGAAACAAAAAAAAUAGAGUAAAUGUAGUCGUUAGAGAUGGGCAACAUGUUUGUUUGCCAUGCUUAGAGCUGAUGCAAGCUACUGACACCCCAAUGGCUACAGUUGCAACUCUAAUUGUCUGUCCAGCUCCCAUAUUAUUCCAAUGGCAUGCUGAGAUUUUACGUCAUACUCGUCCAGGUUCAAUAAAACUACUUGUCUACGAAGGAGUGAGGGAUACUUCUCUUUCUAGCACAUUGUCGGUGCAGAUUAACGAUCUCGUCAAUUCUGAUAUAAUUUUGACAUCAUAUGAUGUUCUUAAAGAGGACCUAUCCCAUGAUUCUGAUAGACACGAAGGUGAUCGACGAUUCAUGAGAUUUCAGAAGAGGUACCCUGUUAUCCCUACUCCUCUCACCAGGAUCUUUUGGUGGAGGAUCUGUUUGGAUGAGGGACAAAUGGUAGAGAGCAAUGCUACUGCUGCUACUGAAAUGGCUUCACGACUUUAUGCUAGUCACCGCUGGUGCAUUACAGGAACUCCCAUUCAAAGGAAACUUGAAGAUUUAUAUGGAUUACUAAGAUUUGUGAAAGCAAGUCCAUUUGAUGUUUAUAGAUGGUGGGUUGAAGUUAUAAGAGAUCCAUAUGAGAGGAGGGAUCCUGGUGCUAUGGAAUUCACACACAAAUUCUUUAAGCAAAUAAUGUGGCGCUCUUUAAAAAUACAUGUUACGGAUGAAUUGCAGCUACCUCCUCAGGAGGAGCAAGUCACUUGGCUAACGUUUUCACCAAUUGAAGAGCACUUCUACCAGAGGCAGCAUGAAACUUGUGUGAGUUAUGCCCGUGAAGUUAUUCAGGGUUUGAAAGAUGAUUUUGUCAAAAGGAAAGUCGCAGAUUGUGUCUCUUCUGAUGCACCAUCCGAUAUUCUCAUCACCCAUACCGAUGCUGGAAAGCUGCUGAGCACACUUUUGAAACUUCGCCAAGCUUGCUGUCACCCACAAGUAGGAAGUUCGGGACUGCGCUCAUUGCAACAAUCCCCAAUGACAAUGGAGGAAAUACUGAUGGUUCUUGUUAGUAAGACCAAGAUAGAAGGAGAGGAAGCUCUGAGGAGGUCGGUUGUUGCUUUAAAUGCACUUGCUGGGAUAGCUAUAAUUGAGAAGAAAUUUUCUGAAGCCUUCUCACUAUAUAAAGAAGCUCUAGAAUUGGCUGAGGGGAACAAUGAAGAUUUUCGCUUAGAUCCUUUGUUGAGCAUCCACAUCCAUCACAAUCUUGCUGAGAUACUACCAUCAGCUGUGGACCAGUCGCAAUCUCCUUUAAAGGAUCAAUCUUAUUCAAGAACUUGUGAAGUGAAAGCCUCCAAGAUGGAUGAUUCUGAAAAUUAUGAUAAUCAUACCAUGAAGAAACAAAAAGUUAGUGAGACCUCGUAUGCUCCUUGUAGUGAUACAGAGAAGAUAUUAGACAAUCCUCUUAAGCCUCAUCGGUCAAGUAGUUACUUCAAUGAUAGUUCUUUUAGAAAAGCAUGUGAGACUAUGAGGCAGAAAUAUCUAGCUGUCUUUUCCUCAAAGCUAUCUAUUGCCCAACAAGAGUUCACAAAAUCCCACAUGCAGGUCUGCAGUGAACUCAGAGAAAGGGAAAGUCUUAACAAAGUUUGGUGGCUGGAAGCAGUUGAUCAUGCUGAACAGAACAAGGAUUUCUAUCAUGAGUUGAUAAGAAAGAUUGAAGAGGCCGUAUCUGGAAACAUUAACAACUCGAGAUCAUCUAGAGUGGGAUCCCGUUUCCGCAGCAUUAAUGCUUUAAAGUAUCAUGUUCAGACUGGUUUGGAUCUUUUGGAAGCUUCUAGGAAUGUUGUGCUUGAUCGACUUUUAGAAAUUGAUCAGACGAUGGAAAAUCCAAAAGAAGAAGAUAUUGAACGUGUUAGGUAUUGUCAAAAUUGCCAGGCUGACAGUAAUGGACCACCUUGUGUUCUUUGUGAACUAGACGAACUAUUUCAGGAAUAUGAGGCAAGGCUCUUCAGGCUUAAUAAAGUACAAGGAGGAAUGGUUUCUUCUGUUGAAGAGGCAGUUGAAGCCCAGAAGAAGAAGUCUGCACUUAAUCGUUUCUAUUGGAGUCUGUUGCAGCAAAAUAAAAAUUUAAGUUCAUCUAGAGUUGGAUAUGAAGAAUCUAACAAAAGAGAUGUUGGAGAAAAAGUUAUGGUGUGUAAGCAUCCUUCUGAAUUGGAGGUCGUUCUUGGUGUUAUCAAGAACUUCUGUAAAACACAACUAGGGAAAGAAAGUAUAGCAGCAGCCAACAAGCAGCUACAUCUUCUGGAGUACAUGCGAAAGGAGUAUGGACAUGCAAGGUCCUUAGCCAUUGCUCAAGCUCAAGUUUUGAAUGCUCAUGACGAAAUUAAGAUGGCAACCACGAGAUUAUGCUUAAGGGACAAUGACGAUGACGACUCAGCUUAUGCGAUUAGUGAACAUGAGCUACCUGCAGCUAGUGUCCAGUAUUCUAGCGAUAAGUUCUUGUCCUUGGCUAUGUUAUCACGUGUAAAAGGAAAACUUCGUUAUUUGAAGGGUUUGGUGCAAUCUAAACAAAACACACCAUUAGGUAGUUCUAGUAAUCUAGCGUUAACUCAAGAGCCGGCUAUCAUGUCAACAUCUAUGGAACAAAAAAGUGAGAACACACCGAAAGCUGAUGAGGAAUCAUGCCCUGUUUGCCAAGAAAAAUUAAGCAAUCAAAAGAUGGUUUUUCAAUGUGGACAUAUGAUAUGCUGUAAAUGUUUGUUCGCAAUGACUGAAAAGACCCUGCAGGAUAGUAAAAUUCAAACUCAAUGGGUGAUGUGCCCAACCUGUCGCCAACACACAGAUUUUGGUAAUAUUGCUUUUGCAGAUGAUAGUAAAAAUGAAAUACUUGAUCCUUCAACAUUGCACGAAACUUCCAGGGAGCAUGAAACGUUCAUCACAGUUCAAGGUUCCUAUGGAACAAAGAUUGAAGCAGUUGUAAGACGAAUCUUGUGGAUCAAGUAUACAGAUUCCAAAGCAAAAGUUCUCGUUUUCUCUAGUUGGAAUGAUGUUCUUGAUGUUUUGCAAUACGCCUUUGCUGCCAAUGGUAUUACCUUUAUCAGGAUGAAAGGAGGCAGAAAAUCACAAACAGCCAUUAGUGAAUUUAGAGGACAGAAGAUCAAUGCAAAAGAAAAUCACAAGAAACGGGCACAGGUGCCAGAGUUAAAAUCCGCUCAAGUUUUAUUGCUCUUGAUCCAGCAUGGAGCUAAUGGCCUGAACCUUCUAGAAGCUCAACAUGUUGUCCUUGUUGAACCACUGCUCAAUCCAGCUGCUGAAGCACAAGCAAUUAGCCGAGUACACCGAAUUGGACAGGAAAAUAAGACGUUCGUUCACCGGUUUAUAGUUAAAGACACAGUGGAAGAGAGCAUACACAAGCUAAACAGAAGCAGAGAGAACUCCUCCUUCAUCACUGGAAAUGCCAAGAACCAAGACCAGCCAUUUUUGACGCUUAAAGAAGUCGAAUCUCUGUUUGCGUCCAAAGCAUCACCAUUAGGGGACAGUGAUGAUAAGGAAAGUGAAACGUUGAGGCAUUUGGCACCUUCCAUGGCUGCUGCUAUGGCAGCUGAAAGGAGACUCAGAGAGCAUACAGCGUAGGAUGUUUUAUUCUUAAGAGUAUAAUUUAUUUUGGUUCAGAAGCUCAGAAGGAACGUGAAUAAAGCUAUUUAUUGGUUUCAUUAUCAGCAUAUGGCCCCCUCUUUACAAUGUGGGUAAAUGCCCUUCAUAUUGUUAAUCAUUAGGAAUAUGUAUAUAUUAUUGGAAUUCAAUUCAAUGUAGAAUAUUCAGUUCCGCGGAGAUCCUUUAUAUGUUGAA